GAUAUUUCAGUAGCGCGAGUCUUUGGGAUGUGGGCAGCAUCCCCUACUCCUGCCUUCAGCUCAGGCGCUUGAGCCAAAGGCGUGCAAGCAAGAGGCCGUCACAACUUAAUCACCUUUUUGUGCCUGGGUGGCUUCCAUGGUGCCAUGGGUUCCACUUACAGUUACCCGAACGCUUCUUACAGCUGAGCAACGUCUUGAAACAGGCAACAAAGCGGGUAAUGGGGAAUCCAGCAGGCGCCGUGGCUUGCUGUGCUGUGGAUCCGUGUGUAUCUAGUACCACCAGGUAUCCCUGCCUCCGAUUACGGUGAUGUAGCACGUCCCCACGCUGGCCACAGCUCAUUCCCUGAUGCUGCGGGGGUCAGGCCCAUGUCAUGGUCUCUCACAGGUCCUGGGGAGACAGGGUGCAGCAGCGAAGGGUGCCUCUAGGAGAUAGAAUGACCUCAUCUGUCACAGAUGAGCCCACGUCACAGCUGUAUCACCAACUGCAGCCACAGAUGUUAACUCACAGCUAUGGUUUGUUUUCUUCCCCUUCUUCUGGCAGGUUAUAACUGAGUAGCCCUUAUGACCAACAUGAGCUGGAGCUUUCUAACCCGCCUUCUAGAAGAGAUUCACAAUCACUCCACCUUCGUGGGGAAGGUCUGGCUCACCGUGCUCAUCGUCUUCCGCAUUGUCUUGACAGCAGUGGGAGGGGAAUCCAUCUACUCCGAUGAGCAGAGCAAGUUCACCUGUAACACCAAGCAGCCCGGCUGCGACAAUGUCUGCUACGAUGCCUUCGCGCCGCUGUCCCACGUCAGGUUCUGGGUCUUCCAGAUCAUCAUGAUAUCCACUCCUUCGGUCAUGUACCUGGGCUAUGCCAUCCACAGGAUCGCCCGGUCGGCGGAGGAGGAGAAGAAGUUCAAGGGAUUCAAGAAGAAGAAGCAGUUUGCUUUGAACUGGCAGGCGGUGCGCAACAUGGAGGACCCGAUGGAGGCUGACGAAGAGGAGCCCAUGAUCUCCGACGGCACAGCAGAAAAUGAGAAAGCCAAAGCCAAGCCCAAAAGCAAAGAGCAGCAAAAGCACGAUGGGAGGAGGCGCAUCCAGCAAGAAGGACUGAUGAAAAUCUAUGUCUUCCAGCUACUUACCAGAGCUUCGUUUGAAGUUUGCUUUUUGAUAGGGCAGUAUUUGCUCUACGGUUUUGAGGUAGAAGCCUAUUACGUCUGCAACAGAGUCCCUUGCCCACACACUGUCGACUGCUUUGUGUCCCGGCCAACAGAAAAGACCAUCUUUCUCCUGGUGAUGUACGUCGUGAGCUGCCUGUGCUUAUUGCUGAAUAUGUGUGAGAUGUUCCACCUGGGGUUUGGGACCAUCCGAGACGCCAUUCGCAACCGGAAAAUCAACAGCUUUCGGCAGCCUCCCUACAACUAUGCCUACCCAAAGAACAUCUCCUGCCCUCCUGAGUACAACCUGGUAGUGAAAUCAGAGAAGUCCACCAAGAUCCCCAACAGCUUGAUGGCUCAUGAGCAGAACUUGGCCAACGUCGCUCAGGAGCAGCAGUGCACCAGCCCGGAUGAGAACCUCCCGGCAGACUUGUCCACCCUUCACAAACACUUGCGAGUGGCCCAGGAGCAGUUAGACAUAGCGUUCCAGAGCUACAGCAGCACCCAGGCCAACACGCAACCUUCUCGAACCAGCAGUCCCGCCUCAGGUGGCACGGUGGUAGAGCAGAACAGGGCCAACACCGCCCAGGAGAAACAAGGUGCUAAACCCAAGGCCUGCUUGGAGAAAGGGAGCUCAAGCAGUAAAGAUGGAAAGACGUCUGUAUGGAUAUAG